ACAAUGAACUAAUAAAUAAAACCUUAUGAAAAAAAAAAAGACAAAACCAAAACAAUUUUCAGCGUACCAUUCCGAUCUCGUAAUUUUCACACCCCAAUCUUGUUCCUCGCGAUUGUUCAUUCGACAAAUCAUGGGUUCGACAGAGAGAACACUGUACCCGUAUGUGACUGGAUCCUCUGUGGUUGCUAUCAAGUACAAAGAUGGGAUUCUCAUGGCUGCUGAUAUGGGAGGUUCCUAUGGGUCUACCCUGCGAUACAAGAGUGUUGAGCGUUUGAAGUCUGUUGGGAAACAUUCCCUUCUUGGUGCUAGCGGGGAAAUAAGUGACUUUCAGGAGAUCCUACGCUACCUCGAUGAGCUUAUCCUUUCUGACAACAUGUGGGAUGAUGGGAACUCUCUUGGGCCUAAGGAGGUGCACAACUAUUUAACUCGAAUGAUGUAUAAUAGGCGUAACAAGUUCAACCCAUUAUGGAACUCCCUUAUACUUGGUGGUGUGAAGAAUGGACAAAAGUACCUUGGAAUGGUUAGCAUGAUUGGAGUUAAUUUUGAAGACAAUCAUAUAGCCACUGGGCUGGGAAAUCAUCUUGCUAGACCAAUUCUCCGUGAUGAGUGGCAUGAAAAUUUGACCUUUGAAGAAGGUGUCAAGUUGCUGGAAAAAUGCAUGCGUGUGUUAUUAUAUCGUGAUAGAUCUGCUGUCAACAAGAUACAGAUUGCUAAAAUGACUGAAGAAGGUGCUACUAUGUUCCCCCCAUUCUCGCUGAAGACAUACUGGGAGUUCUCUGCUUUCAGGAAUCCUACAUUGGGUGCUGAAGGAUCGUGGUAGCUGGCUAGACAUGAAAUCAAAUGAACCUGAAAUUUCAAGUGAUAUAUGAAAUGGAUUCCAAUCCCUAUACUUCAUUGUUGUGUUAAAUGAGUAUGAAAUGAAAUAGCCAACGGGAGUUUGUAUGUUUCAUGAAAAUUGUUUAUGUUACUUGAUAUCUAUUUCAUAGUAAUGGUAGUUCAACUCUGUAGAAGAAGGCUACUAUAACUUAAAAUUCACUGUCAGUUUACCCUUGAA